AUGAUUACUCCAUCUCAUCAAAUAAUAUAUGAUUGGGAAUACCAAGAUCAGCAAGAAGAAUGUUUCGUAACAAUUCAUUUCCCUCCAACGUUUAAUCCCCAAGUCCUUAAGUAUGUUUUAUCUGAGGACAAGACAAAUCUAAUUUUAUCAAUGGACUCUCCAAUUCCAAUUGUAUGCGGCCGUUUAUGGGGAGAAGUUAAAGAGAUUAAGGACGUUUAUACUUCUGAUAAAUAUGUCUUGAGUAUAACUAAGCAAACACCUGAAGAAUGGCCAAAUAUUAUUAAAGCUGUUCAUCCAGAGUUUGAAUCUCUCGACCCUAAGUCUGCAUACAUUCAAUUCCAAGAGUUAGUGUUGGAAGCUCCGAAAGAUCCUCAAUUCCAACAUUAUGCUAUCGAACGCUUAGUUGCUUCUGCUCAAACAGGAUUUUUGCCAGCCCUCAGAACCUACGGAUCUAUGAUGCUAACUGUUAAUGGCCAGCAGCAAAAUGGUUUUACAAGCUUGAAAACAGCUGCUGAUACUUAUGGCGACCCAGCUUCUGCAUACCAAGUUGGUUUGAUAUUAGCAUCAACACCCGAAGGUUUCACAAAUGGUAUUUCUUACCUCAAGUUCGCAGGAAGCAAAGGUUUCCACGCUGCAUAUCUUACAUUAGGACAAAUUUACUCUCCAUUUACAGAAUUCGAAGCCCAAAAGGAUCCUGCUCUUGCUGCUCAAUACCUUCAGCAAGCUAUUGCCGCAGGAGACGAAAUGCCUCAAGCAUAUAAUGAAUUAUCCAAACUUUACGCUGCUGGUGUCGGUGUUGAGAAGGACUUAAAGAAGGCCCAGGAACUUUUAGCGAAAGGUGAACAGCUCGAAGAACACCAAAACCGCAGAAGAUACUCGAAAGAACAUGGAGAAACAGCUCCACCACCUGAAAAGCAUGAGGAUAGAUCGUAUGCUGGAAUUGGAAAGAUCAUUGCCAUUGGUGGCGGAAUUGCCGCUUUUGUUGCAGGAUUUUCUUAUGCAAUUUACAAGAAAUUCUCAAGAAAAUAA